AUGUACCAGAGGGAAUGGAAACCCUUUGGGCAUGGACUCGGUCGAGCUAGGCAAACUCGACCGAUUGGUCAAGGAGAUGCUCCAAACCGCCACCAACAGAGACAAGGGAUUGUUCCACCACCAGUGCAGAACCACAACUUUGAGAUCAAGCUGGGAAUGAUCAACCUUGUCCAGAACAAGAUGUUCCAUGGAUUGCCAAGUGAAGACCCCAUUGACCACCUUGAUGAGUUUGAUAGGCUUUGUGAUUUGACAAAGAUCAAUGGUGUCUCUGAAGAUGCCAUCAAGCUGAGACUCUUUCCUAUGUCUCUAGCUGACAAAGCUCACCAAUGGGAGAAGAGCUUGCCCCAUGGCACAAUCACUACUUGGGAUGAAUGCAAGAAGGCCUUUCUUGCUAAAUUUUUCUCCACCGGUCGCACAGCCAAGCUUAGAGGAGAGAUAUCCAGCUUCAUCCAGCGAAACAAUGAGACAUUCGCAGAGGCUUGGGAGAGGUAUAGGGAGAUGCUAGACACAGCUAGCAAUGGGAACUUCCUCAACCAGGAUGUAGAUGAUGGCUGGCAACUUGUGGAGAACAUAGCUAACUCAAAUGGAAGCUAUGGAGAAGAGUAUGAUCGCACCAACCGGAGCUCGACCCACCACUCGAUCGAGUCAGACGAAAAGUUGAGAAAAGAUGUUAAGGCAUUGAAUGAGAAGUUGGAUAAGCUGAUCCUAGCUCAGUCCACAAUGAAGAAAGUCAACUUUGUGUCUGCUGAGGAGAUGGAACCAGUCCAAGAAGGGGAGGAUACACAAUUUGCUGAGGUGUGCUACAUGAGCAAUGGGCAAGGAGGUUACAACAAAGGAUACUAUAACUACAAGUCCAACCCUGCCAUGUCAUACCGCAACACUGAUGUUGCUAACCCUCAGGACCAAGUCUAUCCUCAACAACAAGCAGCUCGAUCGAGUCAAGGCUUUCCCCACCAACCGCCCCAGCCUGCACCUUCACAAGAGAAUGAGCUCAAGGCAAUGCUAAAGCAACUACUUCAAGGGCAAGCUGAUGGGGUAGUGGACACAAGCAAGAAGCUAGCUGAAAUAAACUCUAAGAUCGAGAACCUCAACACAAGGGUUUACUCUCUGGAGAAUCAUGCUUCUUCUGUUGCUGCUGCUACAAAGCAAGGACAACUACCUGGUAAAGCUAUUCAGAACCCCAAGGAACAGUGCAAGGUCAUCUUCACUCAAGAAGGACUUGUUGAAGAAGAGGAUCAAGAAAGGGUCAUUGAAGAUUUUUGUUUACUGCUGAAUGAUGAAGAGAUUGUUGCUGCUGAGGCUCCUGGAGUCCAGAUUGAUCAACCAGAAGUGCAUGCACCUACUGUGGCCAUUCACACUUCACCAGUUGAGCUCGCACGACAAGCUCGAUCGGCAGCUCGAUCGAGUCCUCUAGCUCGAUCGAGUCCGACAGCCUGUUUUGCUUGA